CACGACCCGCGUCUGCAGCAGCAGCAGCAGCCGCCGCGGCGCUCCGCAGACCGCCUGCCAGGAACCUGGAUCGUCUCUGGAGUCCUCCCCUCCUCCUCCUCCCCUCCAACAGGUGGAUCAAGUCGACUGGUCAACAUCGGUGAAAAAAUAAACCCGGACUAAAAACCCGGAGUCGCUGCAGGACCUGGUGGAAUUUAUACCGUGGAAACUUGCUUUGUCGUUGCUCAUUUUCCUUCCCGGGAUUUUAUUCUCUUUUUUUAAACCAUAAUUAUGUUUGUGCUGAUUUUUUGGUUUGAUUUUUACGCGGCGACCUGAAUGCGUUGUUUUUGACCAAAUGGAAAUCAAAAUGUUCCGGAUCAGGAUGUAGGAGUACAGGCAAGUGUCCAAACAAGAAGAAGGAAAAAAAAAAAAAAAUACCGUAAAAAAUAUAAGAGUGGAGAAUGCAGACCAGAACAGAAAAACAAGAAAAAAAAGGACAACCUGGAGGUUUCAAGGCACAAGCAGAUCAUCAACAUAGCUCUGCUGAGAGAUCCGCACUGCUGUUGAACAUCUGGGAUGAAAAAAAAGAAGCAAAUAUCUGAGGUUUGUGUGUUGUUUCCCAAAACAAGAACCCUGCUCGCAGUCCAAGUUCCAAUGCUCAACAACAACCCAAAGUGUGAACUCCCCCAGCCUGGCGGUAGCUGUAGCUGAGUUCGCUGAAGCCCGGUGAGAUGUCACAGCUGUACUACAGGCGGACUGACAGCUCAUCAUACCGGGACCGCAUCCCGUUGAGAAUUGUGCGGGCUGAGUCGGAGCUAUCGCUUUUGGAGAAAGCCUACCUGGGAGCCGUGGAGAAGGGGGACUAUGCUAGCGUCAAAAAAGCUCUGGAGGAGGCAGAAAUCUACUUCAAGAUCAACAUCAACUGCAUCGACCCCCUCGGCCGCACGGCUCUGCUCAUCGCCAUUGAGAACGAGAACCUGGAGAUCAUUGAGCUCCUGCUGAGCUUCAGCGUCUACGUCGGCGAUGCCCUGYUGCACGCCAUCCGCAAGGAGGUGGUGGGAGCCGUGGAGCUGCUGCUCAAUCACAAGAAGCCAAGUGGGGGCAUGCAGGUCCCCCCUAUUUUAUUGGACAAGCAGUUUUCUGACUUCACCCCUGACAUCACUCCCAUCAUUCUCGCUGCACACACCAACAACUAUGAAAUUAUCAAGCUCCUGGUGCAGAAAGGUGUGUCUAUGCCACAGCCGCAUGAGGUGCGCUGCAACUGUGUCGAGUGUGUGUCCAGCUCAGACGUGGACAGCUUGCGGCACUCGCGCUCUCGCCUCAACAUCUACAAAGCGCUGUCGAGCCCCUCGCUAAUUGCGCUCUCCAGCGAGGACCCCUUCCUCACCGCAUUCAGGCUCAGCUGGGAGCUGCAGGAGCUCAGCAAGGUGGAGAAUGAGUUUAAAUCUGAGUACGAGGAGCUUUCUCAGCAGUGUAAACAAUUCGCCAAGGACCUCCUGGACCAGACGAGGAGCUCCAGAGAGCUCGAGAUGAUCCUCAACUACAGAGACGAUGUCAACCUGUUGGAAGAGGAAGGCAACAACGACCUCGCAAGGCUCAAACUGGCAAUCAAGUACCAUCAAAAAGAGUUUGUCGCUCAACCAAACUGCCAGCAGCUUCUGGCAUCCAGGUGGUACGACGAGUUUCCGGGUUGGAGGCGGCGUCACUGGGCGGGAAAAUUCAUCACCUGCAUCUUCAUCGGCCUCCUCUACCCCAUGUUCGCCCUCUGCUACCUCAUCGCGCCUAAAAGCCGCUACGGCCUCUUCAUCCGCAAGCCGUUCAUCAAGUUCAUCUGCCACACGGCUUCCUACCUGACCUUUCUGUUCCUGCUGCUUCUCGCCUCCCAGCACAUUGUCACCACGGAACAGGACAGGCAGGACAGGCAGGGCCCCGCACCGACCACCGUGGAGUGGAUGAUACUGCCAUGGGUGCUGGGAUUCAUCUGGGCAGAGAUUAAGCAAAUGUGGGACGGUGGUUUCCAAGAUUACGUUCAUGACUGGUGGAACCUGAUGGACUUUGUCAUGAACUCACUAUACCUGGCCACUAUAUCUCUCAAGAUUGUAGCCUACACUAAGUACAACGGCACCAAGCCCAGGAACCAGUGGGAAAUGUGGCACCCUACUUUAGUUGCUGAGGCAGUGUUUGCCAUAGCAAACAUYUUCAGCUCCCUGCGCCUCAUCUCACUCUUCACAGCCAACUCUCAUCUGGGGCCGCUGCAGAUCUCACUCGGGCGAAUGCUGCUGGACAUCCUGAAGUUCCUCUUCAUUUACUGUCUGGUUCUGUUGGCUUUUGCUAACGGGCUGAACCAGCUGUACUUUUACUACGAAACAAAGGCUGCAGAUGAGAGAGGGAAGUGCAAGGGCAUCCGCUGUGUCGAGCAGAAUAACGCCUUCUCCACGUUAUUUGAGACCCUACAAUCUCUUUUCUGGUCAAUCUUUGGACUGAUCAGCCUGUACGUGACCAACGUGGAUCCAGACCACCAGUUCACUGAAUUUAUCGGCGCCACCAUGUUUGGCACGUACAACGUCAUUUCAUUGGUGGUGCUCCUCAACAUGCUUAUAGCCAUGAUGAACAACUCCUACCAGCACAUUGCUGACCACGCAGACAUCGAGUGGAAGUUUGCCAGGACAAAGCUGUGGAUGAGUUACUUUGAGGAAGGGGCCACUCUUCCAGCCCCUUUCAACAUUAUCCCCAGCCCCAAAUCCUUCUGGUACCUCAUAUGUUGGAUCAAGAGACAAGUGUGUAAGAGGACACGAUCCAAACGCCCAGAAAGUUUUGGAACUCUUGGAAGGCGAGCAGCAGAGAAUGUGAGGAUAAACCAUCAGUAUCAGGAGGUUUUAAGGAACCUGGUGAAACGUUACGUGGCUGCGAUGAUCAGAGAUGCCAAGACAGAGGAAGGCCUGACUGAAGACAACUUCAAGGAGCUGAAGCAGGAUAUCUCCAGUUUUCGUUACGAGGUGAUGGGCAUGAUGAAGGCAGGGAAGCCUGCUCUACAGGCUGCCAAGGCCAGCUGCAGCUCUGUGGAAUCCAGUCUCGCUUACCCCAACGCCUCGCUCAAGCUCUCCUCCUGCCCUCUGAGCAGCCAGACRAAAAGCAAACUCAACCGUUUCAAGAUGACCACGUCCAUUCUCAAGCAGAGCGGCUCCUCGUCUUCACUGAGGCCCCCAGAAUCGUCCAACGGUCUUCCUAAUGGACUCGUGGUCUCGGAUGAGAGCUGCUGCGAAACAUCAAGCCAGUGCAGGGACCCCUCCACAGAUCUUAGUGACUUUGGUUUGUACCAGAAACACCACUGGAGCAGCAAGGAAGCUGCAUCGGGCUCAGGAGAGAUUUUAAGAGAGAUGUACUCUUUGUCAGAGGAAGCAGGGGAGUCGGAGAGCUCAGGCGCAGAAGAGCAGAGCAAAGAGGUGACGGCUCGAGCAAAUGUCGAGAAAGAACUCCCGGGGAAUAAAUUAAUAGAAGAAUCCCCAGAAAACACAAAAGAGACUAAURUCAAUCACAGCCUGGAUGAAUUUAGAGAAAAACAAACCACAGAAGAGGACAAAGACUCGCCUGGCUCUSCCUCUGACAUGGAUAGAAAUCCAUCAGGGUCACACAGAGAUGAAGAAGAUGUGAAAACCCAUAAUCAAAAGUGAAAGCUAAGUUAUGCUGAACUGAGGACGAGAGACUGACAAUCAGCAAGAGGCUCAAGAAAGGAUCUUUUCUACAGGGAGUCUAACUUUUUCUGUCAUUACUAAAUAAUCAGCUUUGUUCUUYAGAGCAGCUUUUAGUUUAGGUGAUUUAAAUCAGCAGAGGAAAUGCAGCAAAGGUGACUGAGGUUUCGUGUGUGCGUCACAAGGAUUACCGCUGGGAUAAAAUCGUUUCAUCUUAUCUCUUCCUUACAGAAGAUUAAGAAAAAUAAUUGUUUCCUGAAAAGUGAUGAUUCUUUUUUUAGCCUUGUCUCUCCUUAUCUGACAUGUGCAUUUUGUGUUCAACUGAUCCUGCUGCUUGCCCUCUCCUUGAUCAAUCUCUACCUCUUUUUUUCCCAUUUUCACCCCCCCCCCACCCAUCCUUAAUCUCACUAGAGCAAUAGACGUGUCGUUUUGAACCUGAUUUUCUGCCUUACACUGUCUGUUAUUGCACUUUACACGACUUAAACUGGCAUUCUGUCUCCCUUCCUAGCAAAAACUCUGUCAAUGUUUCUCUAUGCAAAAAUCUUGUAUCACCCUCACAAGGCCGACUGUACAUUUGGCUCUGACAGUUUUCUUCUUCUAGUGGAGCAUGACCAACUUUGGGGAGAUGCAGAAAAAUGAACAUAGCUUACCAGCCGUUUAAAUCAACACCUAUUUCAUGUUUUAACACUCCAGCAGUAAAGGUAACUUAAUAUAUUGGUUAGAUUUGUGGUUCCUAAGAUGUACUGUUAGCUUAAAUGAAUGGAACUCAAUAAAAAAGACAACAAACUA